AUGCGCUUCAUUCUCCCUCAUAUGUUCCCUGCCAUGUUGCACUACAUGAAUAUGUCUAAUCGGAAUCCAGUCAUGAAUCUUUACUGCUACCUCGAGUACCUUCUCAUGGCACAGAUCAAGGCUGGAGAAGGCGUGGUCAAUCUUGAUGAGGGUCCACAACCGGUCGCCUUCAUGGACUUCUAUGACUACGUGCGCGACAAUCCAGGUCGUAUCCGAGGAGAACGUAUACACAUCAUAUUCGUUGGGCGCGAAAUUGGCAUUACUUCUGAACAGUCUAGGCGUGACGCCGCUGUGGCUGGUUACCCCGAUGCUUAUUCUGUUCGUACCACUUCCAUGCUAAGAGCGUAUUCUAUAUGGCGCUACUGGCUUCGUCUACUCGCCAAGCUUGUGUACCAGCAUCCAGAGCUGGAUCAGGCUGGCAUUGUCGAACUUGGACGGCAAAGACUCCCUACCGCGGAUGCGUUAGAGGCGUCUGUCGAGACCGAGUUUCAUCCAGAUGCUCCUGCAAUGUUUGCUCCCCCGCCGAAGGAAAUUCAUAUCGAUAUCCAGGACGACUCGUCCGAUGAAGCCCUUUCUGAUUCCAGUGACGUUUCCGAGGACCCCGGCAGCUUCAAUGAUUCCGAUGCCGGCGAGGUUGGAGGAUAUGCUAGUGUGAACUGCCCAUGA